UCCGGGCCGCGGGGCUCGGGCCUAUCGGGGUGGGCGGGGCGGAGUCGGGUCGCUAGUUGUCCCGGGGUCCUCCCGGCACGCCGCAGGGCCUAGAGGGCUUAGCGGGUCGGCCUCGGGCCUGGUAGCGGCGGCGGCGCCUGGCGCCGAGCGGAGGGCCUUCUGAAGGCCCCGGGACGCGUCUGUGGUCCCGGGGGGCAUCUACGGGGCGUCCCCGAGAGGAUUGGGGGCGUCCACAGGGCCUGGACUGAGACUGAAGCCUGCCUUCCAUCAUAUAGCUGGCUUGGGUCAUUUUUGUAGGCACUGUUGAUCGUCUUUAUGAGCUGACCGGAGGCUAGGGUCUGUUUAGAGGGUUCUGGGGCCAUCUUGAGAUCUUGAGAUAUGUCCCGGGGUGAAGGUGAUCUGCAAGAGCUGGGGAGUAUCUGCAGAGCCAACUAUAGCGCCUAGGGUAUGUCUGUUAGGGCUGGGAAGUGUCUACAUGUGCUGACCUGAGGAUGCGGCUCACCUACAGGGGUCUGGGGCCAUAUAGCUGGGCCUGGAAGAACUGUUCCAGGGAUAGGAAGUCUUUUAUAGAUACCCAGAGGAGCGGGAUGUACCCACGAAGGGAGAGAGGCAAAUACUGAGAUGUUCUGAGAGGCCUGGAUGGGUCUCCAGCUGUCUGGGGAGUGUCUAGUCUGGGUGACAGGAGGCUGGGGGCAGUUAGAAGAACCUGGAACCAUCUAGGUGGCUUUGAGUGUGACUGCAAAUUUGAAUGCCUUUGGGGGGGCCAUAUAAUUGCAUGGAGAAUAAGACAAUGAAGAGUAUUGGAAAAUUUGCCCAGCUGUAUUGUACUUGCCCUUAGAAAGUAAUUCAAAUGCACAAUGUUGAAAAAUUCUGCGUGGCCCUGGGGCUACAGAGAGAGUUAGAAUUAGUCCUCCUUGGUCUGGGAAAGUCUAUAGGAUCGUCUAGACUCCUCUAGUGCUGUGAUUUUCAAACUCUUUUGACCUUGAUCUACAGUGAGAAAUACAUUUUUUCAUUGAGACCCAGUGUACACCGUCAUAUGAAUUUCAUACCCAAGUCCCAUUAAUUAGUAUUUUCAUUUACUUGUGAUGUAUUGUGAAGAAUCUUCUACUGUGUUCGAUUUGCUUUGAUAACAAGCUAUUUGUAAAGCACUGAACUGCUAUCAAGUUUAUAGUUUGGGAAACUGAUCUAGAGGGACCUAGCAGCGUCUGCAGAGGCUUCUCAGCCUCUACUCCAGACUCUCCCCCGCCUCCACCACCAGGUGACCAUGGAGGAAGAAGAUGAGUCUCGAGGGAAGACAGAGGAGUCAGGCGAGGAUCGGGGUGACGGUCCGCCAGACAGAGACCCUACGCUUUCUCCUUCUGCUUUUAUCUUGCGGGCCAUUCAGCAGGCUGUGGGAAGUUCCCUGCAGGGGGACCUGCCAAAUGAUAAAGAUGGUUCUCGGUGUCAUGGCCUUCGAUGGAGGCGCUGUCGGAGCCCACGUUCAGAGCCCCGUUCCCAGGAAUCAGGGGGGACUGACACGGCUUCUGUGUUGGACGUGGCUGCCGAUGGCCUCCUCGCGGGGCUGGUGAGCAUCCUGGAUCCCCCGGAUACCUGGGUUCCCAGCCACCUGGACCUGCGGCCUGGCGAAAGCGAGGACAUGCUGGAGCUGGUGGCCGAGGUCCGAAUUGGGGACAGGGAUCCAGUCCCCCUUCCUGUACCCAGCCUGCUGCCCCGUGUCAGGGCCUGGAGGACGGGCAAAACGGUUUCUCCGCAGUCUCACUCUUCUCGACCCACCUGUGCCCGCCACCUCCUCACCUUGGGCACUGGAGACGGGGGCCCUGCUCCGCCCCCUGCCCCCUCCUCUGCCUCCUCUUCGCCUUCCCCUUCCCCCUCAUCAUCCUCCCCUUCCCCGCCUCCCCCUCCACCACCCCCGGCCCCCCCGGCCCCUCCUGCACCCCGGUUUGAUAUCUAUGACCCCUUCCACCCCACCGACGAGGCCUAUUCCCCACCGCCUGCUCCAGAGCAGAAGUACGACCCCUUCGAGCCCACUGGCUCCAACCCCAGCUCAUCGGCGGGGACCCCCUCACCUGAGGAGGAGGAGGAGGAGGAGGAAGAGGAGGAAGAGGAAGAAGAGGAAGAAGAGGAGGAGGAAGCCCUGUCCCAGAGCAUCAGCCGCAUCUCAGAGACCCUGGCGGGCAUCUACGACGACAACAGCCUGAGCCAGGACUUCCCAGGUGACGAGAGCCCGGGCCCGGACCCCCAGCCCCUGCAGCCGACUCCAGCCCCUGGCACACCGCCCCAGGCCGACUCCACCCGGGCCGACGGAGCCACCCGCCGGCGCGUCUUUGUGGUGGGGACUGAGGCGGAGGCCUGUCGGGAAGGCAAGGUCUCCGUGGAGGUGGUGACGGCCGGUGGCGCCGCCCUCCCGCCCCCUCUGCUGCCACCGGGCGAUUCAGAGAUUGAGGAGGGCGAGAUUGUCCAGCCUGAGGAGGAGCCCAGGAUGGCGCUCUCCCUCUUCCGGGCCGGCGGCCGGGCCGCACGACCCCCUCCGGCGGCCCCGGCCCCCGCUGCGGCCCAGCCCCCGCCCCCGCCGCCCGCCCCCCGGGCCCCCGAGGGGGACGACUUCUUGUCUCUGCACGCGGAGUCCGACGGCGAGGGCGCCCUGCAGGUGGACCUUGGGGAGCCGGCCCCCGCCCCGCCCACCGCGGACGCGCGCUGGGGCGGCCUGGACCUGCGCCGCAAGAUCCUGACCCAGCGGCGCGAGCGCUACCGGCAGCGCUCGCCCUCCCCGGCCGCCGCCCCCGCCUCCGCUGCCCCCACUGGCCCGCCCACCCGCAAGAAGUCGAGGCGGGAGCGCAAGAGGAGCGGCGGUGAGGCCAAGGAGGCCGCCUCGUCCUCCUCCGGCGCUCAGCCCGCCCCGCCGGCCCCGGCCUCCCCCUGGGACCCCAAGAAGCACCGCUCCCGGGACCGCAAGCCGGGCUCCCACGCCUCGUCGUCCGCCCGCCGCCGCUCGCGGUCCCGCUCCGCCCGCCGCCGCUCGCGGAGCACCGACCGGCGCCGCGGAGGCAGCCGCAGGUCCCGGUCUCGGGAGAAAAGGCGGCGGCGGCGGCGCUCGAACUCCCCGCCCCCGGCCACCUCCUCGUCGUCGUCUUCCAGGCGCGAGCGGCACCGCGGCAAGCACCGGGAUGGCGGCGGCAGCAAGAAGAAGAAGAAACGGUCGCGGUCCCGGGGCGAGAAGCGGUCUGGGGACAGUGAGAAGGGCCUUGCCCCGGCCCAGCCGCCCUCCGGCUCCACCUCCUUGGGCGGAGAGCGAGACAGCCGCCGCCGGGGGGCCGUGCCGCCCUCCAUCCAGGACCUCACGGACCACGAUCUCUUUGCCAUCAAGCGGACCAUCACCGUGGGCCGGCCGGACAAGCCUGACCCCCGAGGCCCCUCACCGGCUCCGGCCUCAUCGCCCAAGCGCGAGGUCCUAUACGACUCCGAGGGACUGAGCGCCGAGGAGCGGGGAGGCAAGAGCAGUGAGAAGGACCGGCGCCGCUCUGGGGCGGCCUCCUCCUCCUCUUCCUCCCGGGAGAAGGGAUCACGACGGAAGGCACUGGAUGGGGGGGAUCGGGACCGGGACAGGGACAGAGAUAGGGACAGGGACAGGUCAUCCAAGAAGGCCCGGCCCCCCAAGGAGUUGGCGCCCUCUUCAGGGCCCCCGCCAAAGCCACCUGUCAGCAGCGGCUCAGGCUCCUCGUCCUCGUCGUCCUCCUCAUCCUCCCGGAAGGUGAAGCUACAGUCCAAGGUGGCCGUUCUGAUCCGAGAGGGUGUCAGCAGCACCACAUCAGCCAAGGAGGCCACGUCUGCUGGCCUGGGCUCCAUCGGAGUCAAGUUCAGCCGAGACCGAGAGAGCCGCUCCCCCUUCCUCAAGCCGGAUGAGCGGGCCCCUACUGAGGUGGCCAAAGCAGCUCAGGGCAGCACCAAGCCCAAAAAGACCAAGGUCAAGGCCAAGGCUGGGGCCAAGAAAGCCAAGGGGACCAAGGGAAAGACCAAGCCAUCCAAGACCAGGAAAAAGAUCCGCAGCGGUGGGGGCAGUGGCGGUGGCGGCAGUGGCCCUGCGACGCUGAAGAAGUCCAAGGCGGACAGCUGCAGCCAGGCGGCGGGAGCCAAAGGGGCUGAGGAGACUUCCUGGUCCGGGGAAGAGCGGGCAGCGAAGGCCCCUAGCACCCCGCCCCCCAAGGCGGCCCCUCCACCCCCUGCUCUCACGCCCGACUCGCAGACUGUGGAUAGCAGCUGCAAGACACCUGAGGUCUCCUUCCUGCCAGAAGAGGCCGCUGAGGAGGCUGGAGUCCGAGGUGGGGCGGAGGAGGAGGAGGAGGAAGAGGAAGAGGAGGAGGAGGAGGAGGAGGAGGAGCAGCAGCCGGCCACCAGCACGGCCACCAGCACGGCUGCGGCCGCUCCCAGCACCGCCCCUAGUGCGGGGUCCACGGCUGGCGACUCGGGGGCGGAGGAUGGACCAGCCCCCCGUGUCUCCCAGCUGCCCACGCUGCCCCCACCCAUGCCCUGGAACCUGCCCGCUGGUGUAGACUGCACUACCAGCGGUGUCCUGGCCUUGACUGCACUUCUCUUCAAGAUGGAAGAAGCCAAUCUGGCAAGCCGAGCAAAGGCCCAGGAGCUGAUCCAGGCCACCAACCAGAUCCUCAGCCACAGGAAGCCCCCCUCAAGUCUGGGGGUGACGCCAGCUCCUGUGCCCACCUCUCUGGGUCUGCCCCCUGGCCCCUCCAGCUACCUGCUCCCUGGCAGCCUCCCCCUGGGGGGCUGUGGCUCUACCCCUCCCACCCCCACUGGGCUGGCUGCAGCGUCUGACAAGAGAGAGGGCAGCAGCAGCUCCGAGGGACGUGGUGACACAGACAAGUAUCUGAAGAAGCUGCACACGCAGGAGCGGGCAGUAGAGGAGGUGAAGCUGGCCAUCAAGCCGUAUUAUCAGAAGAAGGACAUCACCAAGGAGGAGUACAAGGACAUCCUGAGGAAGGCCGUCCACAAGAUCUGCCACAGCAAAAGUGGGGAGAUCAACCCGGUGAAGGUGAGCAACCUGGUGCGCGCCUACGUCCAACGCUACCGCUACUUCCGCAAGCACGGCCGCAAGCCAGGGGACCCUCCGGGGCCCCCACGGCCGCCCAAGGAGCCGGGACCCCCUGACAAGGGCGGCCCGGGCCUGCCCCUGCCCCCUCUCUGAGAUCCCCAGCCGCCCCUUUCCUCCUUCGCUGUCUCUCUGGAAUUCUGGACAUAUUUAUGGCUCUGCCUCCCUACGUCCCUCCCCUGUCAGUGGGAUGAUUGGGGGAGGGUUGCUGCGGGAAAGAGGAGAGCCCCCUGCCCAGCCCCACUGCCAUCUCCCUCGCCCCAAGCCUGUGCCCAUUGCCCCUCCCCUCUGUUCGUGCCCCUACCCCAGUUUCAUUAAAGAUUUCAUGAAAUGUUA